AUGAAUUAUGCAAACCCAUUUUCAUUAACUUCUUAAACUAGUUUUUUAAGUCCCAAAGAAUAACGAAGUAGACUAACUAGUUUCCUAUCUUAAAACCACUCCAUUAGAUCAAAUAAAUCAGUAUCUCCCAAGAUGCAUUUUAUUCCACAAUAAAAAAUGCUGAGGACUGAACAAAUAUCCCCUAAAUCUCAAUUUGUCCCCAAGAAUGACAAUAAGCAAUAUCAAAAAAGGACUACUGGAAGAAUCAAAUAUGUUUCUGAGCACAGCUCCACUCCCUAUCUGUACAUUCAAAAAAAAAAGCAUGAAAUUCGCAUUCCCUUAUUACCAAAACUAUCUCCUGAACCAAAAAUUGAAAGUCCUAAGUUACCAUUCAUUAAUAUUAUGACUGAACCAACAAUUACAAUUGAAGAAUAAGGAGAAUAAGAAAGAAGUAACUUCGAAUAAAGAUUCGAAUUAAAUAAAGAUUAGCAAAUACUUUUAAAUAAAUCUAAUAAUUUACUAUAAGUCUCUUAAUUAUCAAAUAAUCAAGAUGAUCAAUUAUCAAACAGUAAGCUCUCAAUACGAACCAGAUUCAAAAAAGCGGUGUAAAAUUCCUUUCAUUCUCCAGCAAGGAAAGUAUAAUUUUAUAUAUUUAGUCUUUAUUUAAUGUAAUCAUAUCGCACGAAUUUAAUGUCCUGUAGGAAAUUGAGAGACCAUAAAUAUAAAAAAGAUUUGAACCAGGAAAUUAGAUUUUGGCAUUAAAGUUAUAAAUGAGGACUAUAAAAAACAUCAAAAAAAAAGAGAAAUACAUUAAGGAUGUUCAACUUAAAAAAGGAUUCGGGUCAAUUAACGUAGAGCAAUUUAAUGUCUCAACUAAAGCAUUUCAAAGAAAGAUUAAUCUUAUUCAUUAAACAUCCUCAAGAAGUCUUAUGCAUUAAGAAUAAUUCUCCUUGUUACCCAAAUCGUAAAGAAAAUCAAUAACUAGUGUUUGUUCAUAAACAUAAAAUAAUGUUUUGAUAGUUAGUUCCGAUAAACAUACAUAAUUUAUUAAGGAAAGGAGCAAAGAAAUAGAUAAAGUAAAAGAGUAUGAAAAGUCGAAAUUUAAUGUUACGAUUACUUAUGAAAAUGUAGAAAAAUUGACUUUCUAAUUCAAUAGACCUCAACGAUUGAAUUAAUUCAAGGACACAACUGAAGAAAUAACACCUCUUAAACCUCCUUAAUCACCCAGAUAAAUCGUCCCAUUAUCUUUGAUUUCUUCGAAGAACCUUCAAUCGAGUAGAAAACUUGAUUAAGUUUCAUCUUCAAGAAACUUGGGAGCUAAUCGAUUUUCUAGACUAUCUAUUCAAUCGAGUGUGUUCUCAGAGGAGGCAACCAAUAGUGCUGAUCUCAAAUUUGAUUUUAGUAAAGUAAAUACAUUUGUAAUUAAAUAAGCCGAAUCUAUAUGUUAGAGUUUACUAUUAAAAUAAAUUGUAUAAAAUGAUGCAGAAAACAAAUUAUACAAAAUAGAAUUUAUAGGAAAUAGAAGAGAAUUUUCUUCCUAAAGUAGCCCUCACCAGUAGUACAAUUUUAACAAAUAUUUAUACUGUCAUGUCUACCUCUGAACAAGGAAUUAGAUAAAGAAAAGUCACAAAUGAAAACCUAAAUGACAAGAUAUCGUUUUCAGGAAUCUAACUACCAAAAUAUAGUAUAGAAAAAGAAAAUACAAUUUUUAAAUAUGAUGAAUAUGGUAACGAGUCUGCAACUUUAUCAAGUGAGGAAUCUGAUGAUUCUGUCUCCUUAGAUAACUUUUUAGAGAGUCCAGCUAACAACAGUAAUAUAUUAUAUAAAAAAAAGCUUAGAACCAGUAAUAAGAAAGAAUAAAACUUUGAAGAGUGAAAAAGCUCUCAAAGAUCAAAAUUAACCUCAAGAGUAGACAUAAACAUAUUUUAUUAAAGAUGAUCCCAUUGAUGAAAAAUGUAUUAAUUUAAAGUUAUUUUAUAGAAUUAUCAACAGGAGCUUUGAUUUUGAUUAAAAAAAUACGAAUGGCCUUUUAAAUGCCUCUUCAUCUUUAACCAAUAAUCAGUGUGUUAGAAUAAUAAACAAAAAAUCAUCUUUUAGCCUAACAUGUAAAAAUGUGUGACCAUUUUGAAAUGGGAUUGUUGACAGAUAAGCAUUAGACAGUGUUUGAAAAAAUGAUAAUCUAUCAAAGAAGCUCAAUACUCAAUAAAGCAAUCUGUUGUGCUAUUGAAUUUAAAUUUCCCAAUAUUUUAGUUGGAAGGUAUAACUGCUAAACUAAAAUGAUUGAUGUUGAACAUCAAGAACCAGUUUCAAACACUGCAAUAUUAGAAGAAUAAGAAAGCAAAUAUGAGAAGCUUGAAAACUAAUAAUUAUUGCAAACCUAGAUAAGAAAUUCCAUGAGAAGACGUUCUAAAGAAUUGAAAGAAUCGAUCAAUAAAAGAUAAACGAUCAAUGCAAAAAAGUAGAUUUAAUAAGGAUUAACUAAAUAGGAUUCACUCUAGGUAACUCAACCAUAAUAAUGGAACAGAAGAGUUGUGUUAACAGGGGAGCUAACUAAUCCUCUUACAAUUACAAUUUAGUAAACUAAUUAGCAAAACUCAAAUCUUUUUACUUAAGCCUCAACUGUUCUAAUUACUAAACCUACUUUAGCAUCUUAAUAAUCUGUAUUUAGAGUAACUAGUUCUAAGCACAUAGAUCUUAACAGUCCAUAAUAAGAUCUUAGUUCAUCCUUUCAUUCAUCUUAAAAUGAGGAAUCUAGACGUUCGAGUAAAAUUGAGUAGAUCCAACAUCAACAAUCAUCCUAAACAUAAUAUACAUAACCUCCACAAUAGUAAGUUUCACAAUAAAAAAUGUAAAGUUAAUAAGAAGAUAGUUUUGAAAGUGUAUAAGAAUAAGAGGAUAAAUAUCAUCUUUUACAAGAAGGAAAGGUAUUGAUUUUAUAAUUAUUUAGAAUGCUUUAAGUAUGUACAUGAAUUCAUUAAGGAUGAGAACACAAAUUAAGGAAUCUUAACGAAGACAAAAACUAGAUACAAACUAACUAAUUAAAUUAGCUAUUUAUAAUAACAAUUUUGUAGAGGUAUCUUAUCUUCUAGUAUUUAGUUUAUGGAUAAUAUUCAAUUGAUUCCUGAAAUGUAAAUCGACGCUCCUUUAUAGGAUGGAAACACUUUUUUGAUUUUAGCUGCUUAAUGUGGUUGUAGAGAGAUUGUCCAUGAAUUAGUCAAAAGAGGAGCAGACAUCAACAUUUAAAAUGUAUUGUAUUACUAAGCAAGGAUGAUGGCAAUACAGCAGUUCAUCUAGCUCUGGCCCACGGACACUAUAAAAUUGCGGAUAUGCUCAUGGAAUCCGGGGGAAGCACUCAUAUUUUUAACAAACAUGGAUAAAAUGCCUGGAGUGUCCUGUGA